GUCACAACAAGUCACAACAAAAAAAAUCUAUCAAAAUUUUCUGUGAAUUUAAAUCAAAAAAAUGCUUUAAAAUCAACAUGAAAUGAAUUCUUAUGUCUGAAUUAAGCGUAGUACGUUCAUCGAUUAUUAUCAUUUGGACGUAUUUGGCUUUUGUGCAGUAUUACUGGUUUUGGAACGGUCAAAGAGAUAAACACAAAGAGAACGAUUUAAUAUCACAACCCUCAGAAGUGGAGAAAGUGGUUAUGGUGGGAACUAAAGUGCGCAGAGAUUCCAUACAAAAAACAGGUCCGUUAAAAACGUUAAGUGGGUCCAAAGCUAGAGUUAAAAGUGUCCAGUACGUCCCGUCAAACAUAUUAUAAAAAUUAAUAAAAACAAAUGUCGCUCAAAAAAGCUCGAUUGUUGCAAAAGUAGAAUUUCUACGAUUUGUUAUUGAAUGAUCAUGGCUGCGUCAUCAUAACACAUCUAAGAGAUUAAUUAAUUUUCGAAGUAAUUGGCUGCUAAACCCGGCCUAGCUCCCAAUUACCUCUAAAAUAAUACUAAAUUCAAAUUGAGCUUUAUGUCUCGGAAUGUAAUAAAUAAAUUUGUGAUCAAAACCUGCAUUUUUAAUUCAAUCAAUUAGUCACCAAAGCAACUUGAACGUCAAAAAAUAAACAAAAUAGAAUUUUAGACACACAUGCCUUUCUUCAACAUGGGCAUGUAAAAACUUGUUGUAAGGUAUGCGGAAAAUUCCGCUCAAAAUUUUCAGUGUGAAGACUGUUCCAUGGAGAGUGCGGCCAAUCGCCAACUAUCAGUAGAAAAAUGUUUGGCCAUUUUCGUGUGGUCAACUUUCGCGAUCAUGCAAUACUUUAAUUUUUGGAACGAGGACAUGGCUUCGUACGAAGACAUCGAUGAGAUCGACCCUAACGGGAUGCCGAUUACGCGAAGGAGACCUAAACCGAAAAGUGUCAGAAAGAAAGGUGUCCGCGCAAGAGGGACACGAAUGCAAGAAGGUGAAGGUCCAUCCGAUGACGAAGAUCAAGAUCAAGAUAGUUCAGGUUAUGGUAGCGAGGAUGGGCGGAAGCCACAACGAAGACCACCGAGGCGAAGAGGUGAAUCAGGAACGAAAUUAAGGCGACCAUCUGAUUUUGGAGCUGUGGCAGGGAAAAGAUCGAGCCCGAGAGGAUCGUUUGAUAAAGGGACUCAAGCUCCUUUUGCUGCUAAAGAUAAAGCUACAAUAAUGCCUCCUAUAAGGAAGGAACAAGCUCCUCAUCCACCGAAACUUGCCCCAUCACCACCAAAACCUGCUUCACAACCACCAAAACCUGCUUCACAACCACCGAAACCUGCUCCAACUCAGAAACUUGAAGGAAAAGCACAAUUAAACGCACCACCAUCUCCCACCCAAUCAAUUCGAAAAGGUGAUAAACCCCCUAGCAAAAUCAAAUUCGCUGAGGAAGCAGCAAAAGGUCCAACGCCACAUAGCGUCCCGGUAAGUGAAGAACACGCACCUACUCCUGGUACUGUGGCUGCACCACGACAAAAAGUCCCGAUGGGUAAGGUACCAAGUGGGGAGUUACCCACUCUUAAAUCAGAACCCAAAAAGAAAGGUAAAGAUGAGGUUGCGCAAACUGCAUCGGACUUUAGACCUAAAGAUAUCGCCACUACAAAAGCUUCCGAUGAAAUAUUAACACCUGCAAAAGCAAAGGACUUGCCACCGAUUAAAUUAGCUCCAUCACCAGCUCAAGAACCUAGAGUGGUUAAAUCGGAACCGAUUACGCCGAAAAAAGAAGAAAAAGCGGAGAAACCAAAAGAAACGCAUCAGGUACCUAAACCCUCUUCUUCAAUAUCAAAAGUUUCUGCACAACCAGAAGUUAAGAAAACACCACCUGAUUUAAAGGAAAAGAAAUCUGCUGAAACUGCAGCUGUUGCAACUCCGGUUGCACCUCCUGCAGUUCCAGUACCACAUAAGCAAGUUGUCAAAGAGGAACCUCCUAAAGUAACACCUCAGACUAUCACACCGAAACCUAAAGUUGAACCACCGAAGGAAAAGCCAAUCGUUAAGGAGGAGCCUAAAAAGGAGGUGAUGCCGGAAAAAAAGAGUGCAACGACGACGACUCAUGAGCAAAAACCAAUUGUUAAGGAGGAGCCUAAAAAACAGGUAAUGCCGGAGAAGAAGAGUGCAACAACGACGACUCAUGAGCAAAAACCAAUUGUUAAGGAGGAGCCUAAAAAACAGGUAAUGCCGGAGAAGAAGAGUGCAACAACGACGACUCCUGAGCAAAAACCAAUUGUUAAGGAGGAGCCUAAAAAGGAGGUGAUGCCGGAGAAAAAGAGUGCAACAACGACGACUCAUGAGCAAAAACCAAUUGUUAAGGAUGAACCUAAAAAGGAGGUGAUGCCGGAGAAAAAGAGUGCAACAACGGCAACUCAUGAGCAAAAACCAAUUGCUAAGGAUGAACCUAAAAAAGAGGCGAUGCCGGAGAAGAAGAGUGCAACUACAACAACUCAUGAAACUCCGAAACCCCCUCCAAUUAAACAUGUAGAAACUGAGUCAAAAGCAAAAGCCGAAAAGGAUAAAAAGACACCCGAAACGAAAAGUGCAAUUACAUCAGCACAUCUAGAACCUGAAAAGAAAGAAACUAAAAGUGCUGCAACAACAACUCCCGUUGCGAAACCUCGCGAUGAGGUUUCUCAGGUUGCCUCUGAUUUUGUAGCAAAACCAAAGAAGGAGAAACCCGUGAAAAGUGCAACGACGGAAACUGAAAAACCAGUUAAAGCACCGUCUAAAAUUCCUAUGUCAAAACCGAAAAGCACGGAAAAGAAAUCGAAGGAAGUUAAAAGCGCAGCUACAACAACUAGUGAUGCUUCUAAAUCGGUACCAUUGGAAGCGGUUGAAGAGAAACCUAAAGAAAAACCAGUGGCUAAAGAGAAACCAGUGUCUAAAUCAUUACCAGCAAAAGAUGUGGAAUCAAAAUCUGUAAAAACAAUUUUGGCACCAAAGCAAAUAGAUGAGCAACGAAGUAAGCAAAUUACUCAUCCAACUACGGAUGGUGUUGUUGAAGCUGCUUCGUCUACAAAAGAAGAGUUGCCACAAACUAGGAGUGAGCCGUUAUAUAAGAAGUCUUCGAAAGAAUCUAAACCGCCUAGAACAGGCCCUAUUAAAGAACGGAAAGAACCGGUCAAGACGGCGAAACCCUCUAAAAUCCCGGUACUUAAACCAGAAAAAGUGAAGGAGGCUCCAAAAGAUAAAAUUGGUGAUGGCAAAAAAUUACCAAAAAGUUAUAGUGAAAUUGAAGCUGUAAAGCCUAAACGUGCUCGUACUCAUGAAACUUCCUCUGACAGUGAUUCGAGUCAUGAUUCAUCUUGGUAUAGGAGACAUCCGGAGUUUAAAAGACCAAGGAAGAGAGAGCACAAAGAGAAGGUGCCAAAGGAGAAAAAAUCAAAACCGCUUGAAGAUUCAAGCAAAACGGCGAAAUCAGAAAAAUCGCCUGUUGAUACUGCAGUGAAGAAGGAAAAGGCGCCAAAAGAAAUUAAGAAACCAGAACGCAGAAAAGCUGCUGAGGAAGAAAUCCAAUCAGAGAAAAGUAAGCGUCCUCGUAGCCACACCGCCUCUGAUAGUGACAUCUCUGAAAGUGAUAUGUCAGACUCGUGGUAUCGAAGACAUCCCGAAUUUAAGAGACCUAAAAGAUCAAAAAGAUCUCAUUCAAAAAUACGCGAGAAAGAGCAAAAGCCGAAAAAAGAUUCCGAAAAAAGUGAUUCUGAAAAAGAGAAAAAACCUAAAAAAGAAAAACAGUCUCGAAGUGACAGUGACACAACAAAGAAAGAGAAAGAACCAAAACCCGAAAAAGUAAUUCCAAAAUCAGAUUCAAGAAAAUCAGCACCUGAUGAAGUUCAAGGGGAGAAAACUAAACGGACACCACGUCGUCACGUUUCCAUUGACAGCGAAUUAGAUUCAAGUGAUGAUUUGGGUUGGUAUCUUAAACACCCAGAGGCAAAGAGACCUGGAAAAAAGGAGAAAAUACCUAAAACGCCUAAGGAGAAAAAGCCGAAAAAGGAAAAAGAAACAUCGAGUGAUACUGAAAAAGAGAAAAAAGUUAAGAAGGAAAAAGAACCUAAAUCAACGAAGGUUCGUUCAAAGCCCGAAAUUAAAAGUGCACCUGAAGAAGUGCAAGAUGAGAAGAAACGUGCGCCGAAACGCGUUCAUUCAGAAGGAAGUGAAACGGCUGAUUCGGAUGAUGAUUUAUCUUGGUAUCUUAAACAUCCCGAGGCAAAGAGACCUGGGAAAAAGGAGAAGAAGGAAAAGGUUCCGAAAAUGCCUGAAGCUCCAAAAGAAAAGAAGGGGAAAAAAGAAACGGCUAGUGAUAGUGAUAAAGAGAAGAAAGGGAAGAAAGAAAAAGAAUUAAAAGCAGAAAAAAUACCAAAAGUAGAAAAAAUACCAAAAGGAGAAAAAGAACCAAAAGCAGAAAAAGAACCAAAACCAGAAAAAGUUCAUAAAAAAUCGGAAAUUAAAAGGGCGCCUGAUGAAAUUCAAGAUGAGAAGAAACGGGUGCCGAAACGUACUCGUUCUGAGGAGAGUGAAACGGUUGAUUCGGAUGAUGAUUUAUCUUGGUAUCUUAAACAUCCUGAUAUGAAACGGAAAAAACCAAAAAAAUCUCAUUCUGGUGAAAAAACUGUUAAAAAACCAAAGAAGUUACACGAUAAAGGUACGGCAAGUGAUGGUGAGGAUAAAAACCCCAAAGUAAAAGAGAAGAAACCAAAGAAAGAAAAAGAACCCACAACCGACACUGAUGGUACAAAAUCAGAAGCAAAACCAUCCAAGAAAAGAAGAGCACCAAAACCACCAUCAGAAGAAAUCCAAGAAGCUAAAAACAAACGCCCACCCGUAAAACGUGCCGUUUCCACCACUUCGGAAUUGGGUGACUCAAGCGAUGAUUUAUCUUGGUAUACUAAACAUCCCGAAGCAAAGAGACGAAAGAAACCACGCGAAGCAAAAACUACAAGCGAAGGACACAUUGAUAAAAAGAAGAAGGAAAAGAAACCGAAAAAAGAAAAAGAUGUUCCGAGUGAAAGUGAAGGUGAAAAACGGGAAAAGAAGCACAAGAAACAUAAAGAAGCGGAGAAGACUCCUUCGAAGUCUAAAAAGCCGGUUCAUAGAAUUUCUGAAGGACAAAUUGAGAAGAUAUCUCCUAAAGCUGCAAAAAGUGUGGAGGAUUAUAGUAGCUCCGAUGAUGCAGAUGAAAAGAAUGCGAUUGCUGCGGAUGAUGCGUGGUAUAAGAAUUUACGAAAAGGAAAAAAAUCAAAGGUGCCGAAAGAGAAGCGAUCUAAAUCGCCGAAAGAAAAAAGAUCUAAAUCUCCAAAAGAAGAAAGAUCUAAAUCUCCAAAAGAGAAGCGAUCAAGAUCGCCGAAAGAAAAAAGAUCUAAAUCUCCAAAAGAAGAAAGAUCAAAAUCGCCGAAAGAAAAGCGAUCAAGAUCAAAAUCGCCUAAAGAGGAAGGAAAACCUGAAAUAAAACCAAGAAAGAAACAUAUUAGACCUCCCGUUGAAGGAGAACCACUUGCUCAAGAGGAGAAGCCUUCAAAACAUAAGGUUCCAAAAGAACCAAAAACAAAACCUGCUAAACGCGACGCUGAUGUUCAAAAACCAUCCCAUGCAGUGCUUUUUGAUGAUGUAGAAAUGGAAAAGCCUCGGAAACAUCACAAAAAAGACGAUGAAACUGAUGAGCAACCUGAGGUUGAUGUAUCUGUUCUUGCUGAAGAUGAUAAGUAUUACAAAGAAGGCCUUAUAGGGCCAAAAAUGCAAGAACAUCUCAAAUCUUUGAUAAGUCCAAAAGUUUCUAGAGAGAAACAAUCAAGGCAUAAAUCUGAUAUGAAAUUACCGGAUGCACCAAGUCGUAAAUCUCGUAAACGACGUGCACCAAGUAAACCUACUGAUGAUAGUACCACAGAGGAUGUUGAUAAAUUACCGGCUGAGCGAACUUGGUAUAAGAGAGGUCCACAAAAGGAUCAACCAAGUCAAACGCAGCCGGAAACGCCUAAAGAAAAAAGACGUAAAGCGCCUCCAGUUCCUGUUGGGGUAAAGGAUGAUGAACAUCCGGAUAAGAAGGGAUUGGGGGAUAAAUCUGAUGAUGAUAAGAAAAAGGGUAGGUUAGAUAAAAAAGCGGUUGAUGGUCUGGGAGCAGAUGAAAGUUCCCCUUCGCCACAACCAAAAGCUUUAAAAAGUGAAAAAAAGGAAAAGAAAUCAAAAGCUUCAGGUCCUGAUGACAAUGAGCAACUAGGUAAAACAAGUAGAGGAGUUUUGACUAUGAAGAAGAGUGGGGAACAUGUUGCGUUUGAUGAUGUCCCCAAAAAGGGAAAAAGCACAAAAGAUACAGGUACAGAAACUUCAAAAGCAGGCGAUAGAACCCACGCAUCAAAGCAAACGAGUGAUCACUCAGAAGAUGUCCCAAGCGGAUAUAAAAAAGCUGGAAGAAAUAAACUUGGUCGCCGCGGUCGUACUCCAAGUACAAGCGAUGUUUCCCCCAGCGAUUCAAGCCGAUCAAGAAGAAACCCUUUCAAACGAAAAAGUCGAUCACCUAGCACCACAGAAGGCGAAACAGACGAUAAACCACCAAGAAGAAAACUUCGUUCACACUCCCCGAGCGAUUCAGAUACGGAAAAUAGAAAAAGAAGAAGUAAAAGUGCCGAAUCACCAAGCCCUAAGAAAAAAUGGUUUCACAAACCAAAACGUGAUCGAUCACCUAGCGAAACGGACUCAGAAAAACCUAAAAAACGUUCGUCUUGGAGAAAGGGUAAUAAAAGUGAUUUGUCUGGGACUGAUACUGAAACGGAUAAGAAAGAGCCGCAUAAAUAUAGGAGACGCUCAAAAUCGCACGAUCCAACGCACAAAGCGAGAAAAGGCAUUAAAUACAAACCAGUAUCUAAAAGAACAACCGAUUCGGACAUUGAAGGUGGCGACGAAACUGAGCGCGAAGAGAAAAGACGACGAACGAAAAGUAAAAGUCCUAAAAAGGAUAACGUUGAUAAACGCAAAGAUAAAAGGGCGCGCGAAAAAGAUAGAAAAUUACGUUCUAGUUCGCGAAGUCUUAGUAGAAAUAGAAGAAAAUAUUACGAAAGUGUUCAAGAUCAAAGACGUAGGGAAAAACGUAAAAAUAGGAAUUCUUUGCAUAAUUGGAUCAACCUUCCAAAAGAUCCGCCGUCAAUAUCGUCAACAGAGGAUAGUUACAGUGACAAUGAAGACGAAUUUUUGCUCCAACCAGUUAUUAGUUGGCGGCAAAUUCGCGAUCACAAAUACAAGAGGUGAUGGAGACGGUAAAAACGAUCGGAAAAUUAAUUGUCCCGUUUUGUAACAUUGAACAAAGUAUGCCGUACGCAAUGUCAUGUGCCAACAACUGUCAAUAUCAAAUGUCUUUUGGUGAUUCGAAAAUUUGAAUUAUGCCAUACGAGGGAAGAGCACCUUUAUCCGUAUGCAGAUGCGUGGGAUUAGUUUUUUGGAUUUAUUUGGCUUAUGCCCAAUAUUACAGUUAUUGGAAUGAGAAAAAAGGUGUUAAUAAAAAAGGUAAUGAUAAAAUGGGAGCGUCCAGUAAAAGGAAAUUGACCGGAAGCGACGCUGAUUUAGUGAAAAUGCGUAGAGUACACUCAAGCUAUAGAAAUAAGCGAAGAUACUCGAGCAAGAAAUCCCUAAAAGAUAACCGAAAAUAUACCGCUUUCUAAAAGACUAAUAAUAAUAAUAUUAAUAAGGUGGGUCGUUGAUGCAAGGUCGUAUUGUCAUCAAUUUUUGUAAAAUUUUUUAAAAUAUACAGUCUAGAGGCAAUUA